GGGGCCUUUUACUUUCAUACGCUGGGAUGCAACCUAGUUUUACUUACGGGUCCAUCUUAUAUAAAAGCUCGAAAUUUUUGAAAUGUUGACAUUUUAUAACAGAGAAUUAUCAUAACUAACGUACUAUAACAAAGUUAACUGCAAUGAACCACUUUGCUAUUGCUCUUCUCUUGUGCUCAGUUGUAGCAGCAAAUGCUGGAGGUUUAGGAGCGUACGGUGGUCAAGGAUCAGUAGGCUAUGGAUAUGGUUCAGGAAGUAAAGGAUACGGUGGAUAUGGCAGUCAUGGUCUUGGUGGAUAUGGUGGUUACGGACUCGGAGGAUACGGUGGUGGCCAUGGACUUGGAGGAUAUGGUGGAUACGGAAAAGGCUUAGGAGGAGGUUAUGGAGGAUAUGGUGGAUAUGGAAAAGGCUUAGGAGGAGGUUAUGGAGGAUACGGAUUAGGGGGUUACAAAGGAGAUUCUGGACUUGGCGGCUAUGGUGGUUAUGGUAAAGGAUUAGGUGGUUACGGGGGUUAUACUUCAGGACAUGGUUACAACUACGGAUACUCCUCCUAUGGGAAAGGACUUGGAGGAUAUGGAGGUUAUGGAAAAGGAGUGGGUGGAUAUGGUUCAGGCUAUGGACUUGGCGGUUAUGGAAAAGGUUUGGGUGGUUAUGGAGGAAAAGGUCUUGGUGGAUAUGGAGGUUUAGGACAAGGAGGUUUAGGGCAUGGCGGUUAUGGAAUUGGUGGAUAUGGAGGAAAAGGGUACGGAGGCUUUGAAGGAUAUGGAGGACACGGAUUAAGUGGUUACGGAAGCUAUGGAAAAUUGGUUCACUGAGGAAAUCUGUUUAAAGGUUGUAUCUGAAGUAUUGAAAGACAGUUAAUUAUGGUCAAUUUUCCUAUGAAACAGCCUUUCUUCUGUCGCAGCUGAAGUUAAAGGUGUUGUCGCUGUUCAUAUGUAAUUUCACACAAGUUGCGUUUGUAAAUUUUUUGUGAUCAAACAAAUAAAAUGUUUUAUUUUUA